GCACAUUCAGGUCUGUGUAGGAUGUGAAUACACUUAUCCAGCAGUGUAUGUCCUGGAGUGUCAUUAAACAGCUUGAAGCAUAUGAAAAACUGAAGGGAUUAACCAUAUCUGGAGAAUCAGAUCUCUGUGCAUGAAUUGUCAUGUUUUCAGUCACCAUUUAACAGGACUUUAGAAUCGAUAGGAUUGUAUCCUAUUACACACAUCAGAAAGUAAAGCCCAACAGCGAAUCUUGUACAGCGUUGAAGCAGAGGUUUCUCUAUUAUACAUCAAGAAAUGACUUCCACCUUAAGCAACUACACAAACCUGGGAUUUUCACAGCAUCACAAGGAUAUUCCUCGUAGUCUUGAUCAAAUUGGAACGUCUAAUGAAAGUACAAUAAACCACAGCAUGGAGUUCUGUGAUAUAAACCCUGUGGAUUGCAACUUGACAAUAGAAGAGCUUCUAUAUAAAUACCUGGGACCUCGACAAUCCAACUACUUCACCCCAAUCUGUGUGAUAUACCUUCUCGUCUUUGCAGUUGGUGCUGUGGGGAAUAUUUUAACUUGCAUUGUGAUUAUCAGACACAAGAUCAUGAGGACUCCUACAAAUUAUUACCUGUUUAGUCUUGCGAUCUCUGAUUUGCUGGUACUUUUGUUAGGCAUGCCUCUCGAGCUUUAUGAGCUCUGGAGUAAUUACCCCUUUCUUUUUGGAAAAGGUGGUUGUUCCUUUAAAACUCUUUUAUUUGAAACAGUUUGCUUUGCCUCAAUUUUAAAUGUAACUGCGCUGAGCGUGGAGAGAUACAUUGCUGUGGUACAUCCCCUUCGGGCCAAGUAUGUAGUAACUCGAAACCAUGCUAAGAGAGUCAUCAUUACUGUGUGGGCUUUGUCUAUUAUGUGCUCUGUUCCCAACACCUGCCUAAUAGGGAUCUAUGACCUGAAUGUGCCUGGUCUUGGAGUAAUACCUGGCUCUACUGUUUGUACCUUAGUGAAACCCAGAUGGAUUUACAACCUCAUCAUUCAGAUUACCACCAUAUUUUUCUUCUUCUUACCAAUGGGUACAAUCAGUAUUCUGUACCUGCUUAUUGGUCUUCAACUUAAGAAGGAGAAAAUGCUGCAAGUUUUAGAAGCGAAGUCUGGUGGAGAUGGAGACAGUUACCAAAAUGUUCGACUUCAACAAGAGAAGAACCGAAGAAGGCAAGUGACUAAGAUGCUGUUCAUCCUUGUGGUGGUGUUUGGAAUUUGUUGGGCUCCCUUCCAUACUGAACGACUGAUGUGGAGCUUCAUUCAUGACUGGUCAGAAGAAAUGCACCAAAUGUUUAGCUUUGUCCAUGUAGUCUCUGGUGUGUUAUUUUAUCUAAGUUCAGCAGUCAACCCAAUUCUGUACAACCUACUUUCCACACGUUUCCGGGAGAUGUUCAAGGAAGUGAUGUGUCACGGGAGGAAGAAGAAGUUAGGCUCGCGAAGAUCGUCCCCUAGUGUUACAAGGGUUACCACACGGAGCACGGUGUGCGAGCAUGUGCCAGGAAAUGGACUUCCUUUUUCUGAUGUAGAUGAAUUUGACAUGUAUGUGGAAUGUGAUAACGGGGCGAAAAAUCAGUCAUCUUUCUCUUAAACCACUUCCUUGAUUCAUUCAUUGGUCAAUGGGCAAUAAUGUAGCCUAUAUCAUGUCUGCACAGUGAGCUCUAGCUCAACUGGAUUUCCAGAAUUUCAAAAAUGAAUUAAUUUUUUCUGCCAGUUCAAUACCCAGGUGGUAAAUGAGUCAAAAAAGCUGCACAUUACCUCAGACACUCAGGCCAGAUAAAUAUAGUCUGUGUGACAACAGUACAGAGCAAAUAACUCUUGAUAGUCUUCUGAGUAUUAGAAUGCAAUUUAUCCCAGAUUGGUGAUGCUAUAUAUGCUAAUUGUUGGGUAAGCAAUUCCGAAUGUAUCACCUAUUUUUGCAGCACCCUCUCAGUCCUGCAUUCCUUCUUACUUUAAAAUGUCAGUAGCAGUAGAAAUAGAGUGGGUCACAUUCCACAAGCAAAAGCCAGAGAAGUUAGCGAUCUGUUCAUUGCAGUCUCUCACGCAGAUAAUAACUUUUGUGGGGCCAGUGCUGACUAACUUACUGUCAUUUGUAAAUGAGGAAGCACCCGGGGUGUAUGAGAUGAGUUCACUAUGCCUUUAUUACAUACAUGGCAGGUAUAACACCCACUAAUGUUGCCAUGAACGUGCCUUGUCUAAGACAGUACUAAGUAACCCAGCAAUGGGUUUCACAUUCUAAUUGGCAGAAUGAUGUGUAGAACUGCCUAGAAGUGGAUAUAUCACCCAGGUCUGUGUGCUUCCUUCAUAUUUAUGCUUAAAGGGGUACUCCACUGCUCAGCGUUUGGAACAAACUGUUCCGAAUGCUGGAG